UUGCUUUCGUAUCUGUUGUCGCUCCGGAACGCUGGGCCGGGACUUGGGUGACAGGGUUGAGAAGGUCCAAGAGGAGCCGCUGUCUCCGCUGCAUAGAGGCCGGUCUGAAGUUCAGCGACGCCGCCGGGGGUGUCCCGGGCCUGCCGUGCCCGCGUCCACCCGCCUCUCCCGCCGCUACCGGCCCCGCUCUGCCCCCAGACUCUGAUGGCGUUGGCAGCGACGGCGCUGAGGACCCCGCCUCAGACGUGCAGUGUGACCUUUGAGGACAUUGCUGUGUACUUCUCCUGGGAGGAAUGGAGGCUCCUUGAUGAGACUCAGAGACGCCUGUACCUCGAUGUGAUGCUGGAGAACUUUGCACUUAUAUCCUCACUGGGUUGCUGCUGUGGAGCAGAGGAUGCAGAGGCACCUUUUGAACAGAUCACUUCUCUAGGAGUGUCACAGGCUAGGACUCCCAAGGCAGAUUUGUCUUUCCAGAAGACACACCCCUGUGAGAUGUGUGGUCCAGUCUUGAGAAAUGUUUUCCACUUGGCUGAGUGCCGGGAAACACAACACAGCCAGAAACUUUUGAGGUGUGGAGCAUGUGCAAAACGAUUUUAUUUUAGUGCAAACUUUCAGCAGCACCAGGAGCAGUACAUGGAAAAGAAAACCCUCAGAAGCAGUGUGGAUGAGGCCUGGUUUGUGAAGAGCUGCAGAUUCCAUGUGUCACAGAAGCCAUUGUGUUGUGGGGAGUUUGAAAAGGACUUCCCAACCAUCGUGGGACAUCUACAGCAACAGGACACUCAUACUGUGGAGAAGCCAAACACAAUCAGCCAGUGUGGGUCAACUUCACAAGGCAGGAAAAGCCGUCACACCUGGGUAGAAUGCAAGAAAGCCCUCAGCCCCAAACACACACUUGUUCAGGACCAUGGUGUCCACAGUGGAAGACAGUGUUUUGUGUGCAGUGAAUGUGGGAAAGCAUACAAGUACAAAUCCUCAUUUGUUCUGCACCAGAGAAUCCACACUGGAAAAAAGCUUCAUGUAUGUGGUGAAUGUGGAAAAUCUUUUAGGCAAAGCUCAACCCUCUGUCAACAUCUAAGACUUCAUACUGGGGCAAGGCAGUACAAGUGCAGCAAAUGUGGGAAAUCCUUAAGCCACAAAUCUGUCCUCAUUUAUCCCCAUUCAUGGCACAGUGGAGAAAGCAGUUAUGUGUGCAGUGAAUGCUCAAAAUCUUUUAGCCAUAGCUCAGUGUUCUUUCCACAUAGGAGAUUUCAAAUUGGAGAAAGGCCUUAUAAGUGUACUGACUGUGUGAAAUCUUUUACUUCUAUGUCUGCACUCAGUUAUCAUCAGAGAUCUCACACAGGAGAACGACCUUAUGUGUGCAGUGAUUGUGGGAAAUCUUUUAUCUCUAGUUCUGACCUCCGUUACCAUCAGAGAGUUCAUUCUGGAGAAAGGCCUCAUGAGUGCAGUGAAUGUGGGAAAUCUUUUAUCACUCGUACUGCUCUCCGUUAUCAUCACAGAGUUCACACUGGAGAAAGACCUUAUGAGUGUAGUGAAUGUGGGAAGUCCUUUACCCGAAAAAACAACCUAAUUAUACACCUGAGAGUGCACUCAGGAGAAAGGCCUUAUGAGUGUAGUGAAUGUGGGAAAUCUUUUACCUUUAGCUCCAGCCUUCGUUAUCAUCACAGAGUACACACUGGAGAAAGACCUUAUGAGUGCAGUGAAUGUGGGAAAUCUUUUAACAAUAGGUGGACACUCAUUCGACACCGGAGAAUUCACACAGGAGAAAAGCCUUAUGUGUGCAAUAAAUGUGGGAAAUCUUUUUCUUGUAGCUCCACCCUCCAGUAUCAUGAACGAGGUCACCUUGGGGAAAGGCCUUAUGGGUGUGAUGAAUGUGGAAAGUCUUUUACCACUAGCUCUGCCCUCCGUUAUCAUCAGAGAAUUCACACAGGAGAAAGGCCUUAUGAGUGCAGUGAAUGUGGGAAAUCUUUUAUCUCUAGGUCUGACCUCCAAUAUCAUCAGAGAGUUCAUUCUGGAGAAAGGCCUUAUGAAUGUAGUGAAUGUGGGAAAUCCUUUAUACGAAGGAAUAACCUCCUUUUACACCAGAGAGUUCACACAGGAGAACGGCCUUACAACUGUAGUGAAUGUGGGAAAUCUUUUAACAAUAGGUGGACACUCAUUCAACACCAGAGAGUUCACACAGGAGAAAAGCCUUAUGUGUGCAGUGAAUGUGGGAAAUCCUUUACCUCCAGCUCCACCCUCUGUUAUCAUCAGAGAGUUCAUGCAGGAAAAAGGCCUUAUGAAUGCAGCGAAUGUGGGAAAUCUUUUACCUCUAGUUCUACCCUCCGUUAUCAUCAGAGAGUUCACACAGGAGAAAGGCCUUAUGAAUGCAGUGAAUGUGGGAAAUCUUUUACUUUUAGUGCCAGUCUCCGUUAUCAUCACAGAGUGCACAGUGGAGAAAGGCCUUAUGAGUGCAGUGAAUGUGGGAAAUCCUUUAAGGAUAGAUCACAAUUCAAUAAACACCGGAGAGCUCACACUGGAGAAAGACCUUAUGAGUGUGGUGAAUGUGGGAAAUCUUUUAGCCAAAAAUCUUCCCUCUCAACACACCGGAAAAUUCAUAAUAGAGAACGGUCUUAUGAGUGUAGUGCAUGUGGGAAGUCUUUUACCUCUAUUUCUGGCCUUGGUUAUCAUCAGAGAGUUCACAGGGGAGAAAAGCCUUAUCAGUGUAGUGAGUGUGGGAAAUCUUUUACCAAUAGCUCCAUACUGAUUCGACACCAGAGAGUUCACACAGGAGAAAGACCUUAUGUGUGCAGUGAGUGUGGGAAAUCUUUUACUAGUAGUGCCACCCUCUCUUAUCAUCAGAGAGUUCAUGCAGGCAAAAGGCCUUAUGAGUGCAGCAAAUGUGGGAAAUCUUUUACUUCUAGUUCCACCCUUCGUUAUCAUCAGAGAGUUCACGCAGGAGAUAGGCCUUAUGAGUGCAGUGAGUGUGGGAAAUCCUUUAUCUCUAGCUCUAAACUCCGCUACCAUCAGAGAGUUCACACGGGAGAAAGGCCUUAUGUGUGCAGUGAGUGUGGGAAAUCCUUUAGGGAUAGUUCCCAAUUUAGUCAACACCAGAGAGGUCACACUGGAGAAAGGCCAUAUGAGUGUAGAGAAUGUGGGAAAUUUUUUAUGCGAAAAUCUACCCUUUCUCAACAUCAGAGAGUUCACACUAGAGAAAGGCCUUAGAUGUACUGGGGAUGUGCAGUUUUCUUGUUCAUUGUAAGGAUUCCAGAGGAAACUGAGGAGCCAUAUGUCUGAAUUAACUCUCAGACAUUUGAGCAUGCACAGUGGGGAGAUUUCCCCAUAAGUUUCAGUUAUGUGGGAAGCGUGGGACUAUGUUGCACUCUCUAACCUGUCCAGGGCUCUUCCCAGAUUUAUGUCACUUCCAUCUCUGGGGUCAAGGCCAUUUCACCUCCACCACCUGGUAGGUUCACACAGUGUGCAUCAGUCACCAACCCAGUGUGUUCAGGGAAGCUGACCUCUGUCCUGCAAUGUAUUGGCCAAGUUAGGAGUCACCUGAACAUUUAUGGCAUCAGCUUUCACUCCUCCCUGACUUAUCUUGGACAUGGACCUGGUCAGUAUUGGCCCAGAAGAUACCAAAAGUUCAGCUGGCAGCUAGCAGAGAAUGACAACACAGGGAUGUGUUGGUCUCACAUGAUAAUAGUAAAUUUUUCCAGCUUCCAAAUCAUGAACUGGGUAACUGCCUGCUGCAGAUUGCUUUGGCUUGUACAAUAAUCAAGGCCUUACAAGCUCUUUACACUCUCUUUAAUCUUGGAAGUUCUGUUUACUCUGCAGGUAGUUUAUACACAGGUUUUUACUGUGUAAGCAUAAAGGGGAGAACAACUUUUAGGGGUCUCAAAAUUUCUGUGUCUGAGGAGGGAUGGUAUGAUGGCAGACAGUAGCUUGCCAGUUUUGCCCAAAUUUGCAUUGCUGCCCACUGCCUCCUAGGAAAGACCGCAGGGAUUUCUGGUUUUCAUAUGAAGCUUGGAGGCUUUGUGUUUUAGGAGUCUCCAAGAUGUCCCUGAGAAGUGGCAGCUGUGAGAAUCUCAAGAGCUUUGAAAGCAGAAUGAAUUUUUUUUUUUUCGGUACGCAGGCCUCUCACUGUUGUGGCCUCUCCCAUUGUGGAGCACAGGCUCCAGACGUGCAGGCUCAGCGGCCAUGGCUCACGGACCUAGCCACUCUGCAGCAUGUGGGAUCUUCCCAGACCGGGGCACGAACCCGCAUCCCCUGCAUCGGCAGGUGGACUCUCGACCACUGCGCCACCAGGGAAGCCCCAGAAUGAAUUUUUUCCCUUCCUCAAAGGAGAGGUCACAGGGCACUUCAGCACUGUUGAGAGAUUAUCUUCCCCAGGUCUACAGAGAGCCAUAUUCCCUGAUGGCCACAAUUUAUUGGCCUAGUGUCACUGGUUCUAAGACCAUUGGGUCCAGGGGAAACCAUAAUUGGUACAGAAACUGGUUUACUAGGGAGGGGAAUAGGCCGCAGCCUACUAGUGUGUCAAUGUAAAAAUGACUGUGGAGAAUCAGUUUGUACACAAAUCUCAGUACUUCCAGGUAUGUUUAUCUUGUAUAGCUGAAGUCAUCAGAGAAAAUAAAAAUAAUUGAAAGGUUUUGUGGAUUCCUUUAGCCCCUGUAAUAUUCACCUCAAGGCCAUUACUGCAUGGGCAGGAAGAAAGAGAAAAAAGGGGAUCUAGUCCACAGAUGUGGCUCUUGUGACCCAGACAGCAUUCCUGUUUGACUUCAGGUGGAAAUGUUCUUUAUUGCUCACCAUAUUUGCUGCCACUGAGGCAAGACUGCCGCCCCAACCCCCUGGGGCAUAAGGAUAGAAAUGAUGGAGUCAGUAUAAGGUUGCCAAACCUAUUUUCUGAAAGGACUGGGACAUAGAGAUCUUUAAAUCUUGAGCUAUGUUUUAAAGCUUUACUAAGGUAUAAUUUACAUGUGCUAACACGAAUAUAUUUAAAGUGUACAAUUUGAUAAGUUUUGACAUAGGUGUGAACUUCUGAGACCAUCAUCAUAGUCCUAAUAGUGACCAUAUCUGUCAUGGUAUAUUUACCUCAUUCCUAUUAUAAUCUCCUUGCCUUUCUCACCUCUCCAAGUAACCAUUGAUUUACUUUCCUUACAGUAGAUACCUUGCAUUUUCUUGAAUUUAUAUUAUUGGAAUCAUUUGUUGUUUACCGUAUUUUUUUGUUUUCCUUUAUGUAUCAUAAUUACUUUGAGAUUCAUCAGUGGUAUAUAGUGCUUUUGGUUUUUGUUUUGUUUUUGGCUGAGUAAUAUUUUUCAAUAUGCGAUGGUUAGUUUAUCCAUUCUCUUUAUGGGCAUUUGGUUUGUUUCUAAAUUUUGACUUCUGAAAAUAAAUCUAGUAUAAAAAUUGUGUUCUUUAUAUGAAUAUAUGAAGAAUAUAUAUGUUUCUUUUAUCUUUUGUCAGUAACUUAGAAUAUAAUGUGUGAGUCACAACUGUUUUUUACUUUUUUUUUUUUUUUGGCUGCGCUGGGUUUUCGUUGUGGCAAGUGGGCUCUUCAUUGCGGCCUGUGAGGUUAGUAGCCCUGCGGCAUGUGGGAUUUCAAUUCCCUAACCAGGGAUCGAUUCCCUGUCCCCUACAUUGGAAGGCAGAUUCUUAACCACUGGAACACCAAGGAAGUCCCACAACUGUUUUACUUUUGAAGAAACUAAUAUAUUGUGAUCUAAAAUGAUUGUACCUUUUGCAUCUUACCAGCAAUGUAUGAGAAUUCCAUUUCUUCCAUAUUCUACUGAAUACUUGGUUUAUCAUUUGUGUUAGUUUUAGCCUUUUAACUGAGUUUUUAGAGUUACCUCACUUUUGAGUUUCCAUAAGGAUUCAUGAUGAGUGUUUUUUCAGAUAUUCAUUUGCUGUGUAUCUUUGUUAAAAUAUUUGCCAAAAUCUUUUUCUUUAUUGACCCUUGGCUAUCUUCCUUUAACAAAUAGGACAAUGAAACAACAAAGAUGUAUGUUGGAAUUUCACUCAUUUUAAAAUACUUUUAAUAUUUUUAAAAAGUGAUUUUGCUUUAUGGAGUAACUUUACUGGCAGAAUUUUCUGACUUAAAAAAAUCUGCAGUAUUCAUAAUGCAGUGGAUACUUAGAUAUACCAUUUUAAAUUUAAUCUACAUUUUUAACAUAUUCUCUAUAUUCUUAAGUUCAGUCACUGAAGAAUACAAUAAAGCCUUGCUUUAUAGUGCUUACACAUUUUCCUGGUUUAUAUCACCGUGGAAGUUGGUGGGUUGGAGCAGAUGGGGACAAGAUUUACUUUAUCUAUCUAUCUAUCUAUCUAUCUAUCUAUCUAUCUAUCUAUCUAUCUAUCUACCUAUUGCUGUGUUGGGUCUUUGUUGCUGCUCACGGGCUUUCUCUAGUUGCAAGAGCGGGGACUACUCUUCAUUGUGGUGCACGGGUUUCUCAUUGUGGUGGUUUCUCUUUGUUGUGGAGCACAGGCUCUAGGCUCAUGGACUUCAGUAGUUGUGGCUCACAGGCUCAGUAGUUGUGGCUUGUGGGCUCUAGAGUGCAGGCUCAGUGGUUGCGGCACACAGGCUUUGUUGCUCCGUGGCAUGUAGGAUCUUCCCAGACCAGGGCUUGAAACUGUAUCCCCUGCAUUGGCAGGUGGAUUCUUAAUCACUGCACCACCAGGGAAGUUCCAGGGACAAGAUUUCAUCAGGAUGGACUGGUCUUUUCUUUGAGUCCCAAAGCCUGGCUGGGGGGCGGGUGAUGAAGAGAUCAGUGGUCAGACUCCACAAGUCCUCAUCCAGGCUGCUGGGUUUAAUUCUGUAUCCCUGACCAGUGAAAGGACCCACAGGCAAACACUCCUCUCCAGGCCUGUUUCCUCCUAUGUAAGGUGGGGAUUAGGAUCUGACCUGCCUCUGGUCCACUGAAAGAUGUGAGGAGGGGAGCUGUCCAUUCCUAUGCAGCUCCCUUUGCAGGUGACAUUCUGGUGCCAGCCACCUUUAGCUCUCCCUGAUGUCCUCAGAUUCCUCUAGCCCCAGACCCCUCUAUCCCCAGGGACAUGUCAGAAAUAAAUGAGACAUCUCACAAUCCACGAUCUGGGUCAGCCCCCAUGGACUUACAGGCAUCGAGGUGGGGUCUGCUGGGUACUGAGGUCUCCGUGUGGAUACCCCAGUGGGAAAUAAUCUGGGCAACUUGCUGAAGCUCCUUGAGCCUCAGUUUGCUGACUUGGACAUAAAGGUGUUAACUUUGGCCCCUGAGAGGAUCAAUGAAUGUAACAAAACACUGAGCACUUAACACCUGAAUUCGAGGGUUUGUAUUUUGAGCUUGUAUGUGGCGUAUUUAUUUAAAAUUUUAAUAGAAAAUAUUUUCAUAAGUUUCCUUUUCACAAUUCUCUUAUUGUACUUAACUCUAAUUUAUUGGUAUUUUUAUUGUAUUAGUAACAUUCUCAUUUUGUUCCAUUUUAUAGAGUGCCAUGUAAGUUAAUAUAAAUGCCAUGUAAAUAUACUGUGAAA